AUGUUUAGCUCGUGGGAUCUCGUACGACCGCGCUUCUGGUACCCCAUGUCAUCUCUGGAACAGUCCAUGAUGGAGCUCGAGCAGCUGCAAGAUAUUAUGAUGCGACCACGUUCCUUGUUCGACAUGCCGCGCGACUUCUUUGCCGCGACAAAGUACGCUCAAGAAGAAGAUGGGCCGGUUGAUGACGACUUCUUUGUUGACCUACCAGUAGUAUCGCACAUGUACAAGCGGAAACCGUUCGACAUGGCUUUCAAACAGGACGAAAAGGACAUAAAGAGCAAGGAAUCUACAGAUAAUGUUUGCUCGGACACCAACUCAAUGGAAGUUGAUGAUGAGGGCAGUGAAAGGGUCGACCAGGCAGAAGAGUCUGCAACCAAGACAGUGGAGGCAUCGAAAAAGGUCGAAGGUAAUGUCGAGUCCAAAGAGAAAGACCUUGACAAGAAAAACGAAGAGCUCCAACGUCAUUCUGACAAGAUCACUUCCACAACAAAGCACGAGAGAGACGAUGAGUGUCACAACUUUUCGUCUUAUUCGUUCAGUAGCUCGUCCGUUAUGGACGACAAGGGUCGGCGAGUGACGACCACACGUCGCCGCUACGAAGACUCAAGCGGUCGACUGAAAGCUGUGCAUGAACGGGAAAUUGAUGGCAAGAAGUUGCGUACGACAUGGCAUCGUCAAUGCAAAGAAGACGAAGGUCAGCACGAGUCCAUUUGUUCAAGCGGCAGUCCGGAGGAGUUUGAAACGCUGUGGCAGCAAACUCCGUUUGGUGAGGCACAGAAAAAGACUGUGAAGGGUCAACUUCAGUCCGAGUCGGAUGUGGUAAAAGAGGACGCUCCUGGUACAGAGGAAGCUUCUACGAUGCAAAUUUUCAUGCUGGGAAUGUUCAAGAAAACCUAUGUAGCUUACAUACAUGACGAAAAACGACAAGACGCUCGAAGUACUCGGUCUUGUAUCGAGCGACCUUCACGUGGUGUUGGUAAGACAAGUCUUAUGGUUAAAUACGUUGAGGGGAAGUUUGAUGAGGAUUAUAUCCACACAUUGGGCGUUAAUUUUAUGGAAAAGACCAUUGCUUUGCGAAAUACGGAGAUUACAUUUAGUAUUUGGGAUCUAGGGGGUCACCGUGAAUUUAUUAGCAUGCUACCGCUUGUGUGCAAUGAUGCAGUGGCCAUUUUAUUCAUGUUUGAUCUUUCCCGAAAGGCGACACUUACGAGUAUUAAAGAAUGGUAUCGCCAAGUGCGAUCGAUUAACAAGAAUGCUUUUCCGUUCCUUGUGGGAAUGAAGUACGACCACUUUGCCAAUUUUGCCAUGGAGGAACAGGAAGAUAUUACAAAACAGGCUCGCAAGUUUGCAAAGGCCAUGAAGGCACCGCUUAUCUUCACGUCAGCCUCGCACUCUAUUAAUGUGCAGAAAGUGUUUAAGUACUAG